GCCGCCAGGCGAGCGACUGCCCCACCGUCACCUCGGCCCCGCACCGCAACGUUUGACAUUUCAGACGCAGCGCGCGACAACAUUACAACCUCAAACCUCCUUACAUGGAAUUGCUUCAGUGUCACUUUGGAGCUUGUAAACGCUGAACUAUGAAACGUUUUUGACUUUAACGCUCUUUGCAAAACACUUUUAGUGUAAUAAUAAAAUUAGAAGACUAUACUGAUUUUCUUAUGACUUAUGGAUUGAGUAAAUAAAGGAAAAUUUUUGUGAAGUGUUGACUUGAAAAUGUAUAAGUGUAUUAUUUUUUGUGAUCGUGUGAGUGACUGAAAGAAAAGAGCCGAGGCGUGCUCACGAGUUCACGGCUCGUUAAUUCCGAAUCCGGUGGAGAUCUUCGCCAGCUUCCGUUCAUCGGUGAUAAAUUUUAUGACAAACGAUUAAACCAAUGGUUGGGUUUUUGGCACAUGACGGCAGCCAGUCGAAAACAUGACUUGGUGGCCGCGGGCGCGCGAGAAGGCAGUGUCCGGAUGAGCGCGCGAGCGGGGCGGGGCGCGCGGGCCGCGUGAUGCGCGGGAGCGCGCGCGUAGCCGGCGGCGCGUCGCUCGCGCCCGCGCCCGCGAGCGCGUGAUGCGCGCGCCGCUCGCCGCGCUGUACGCGUGGCUCGUGUGUUGCGCCGCAGCGCUUUCGACGCACAAGUACAGCACGCGCGUCAUACGCACCAAGUACGGGCCGCUGCGCGGGAUCGUCGUGCACUCGCACCCGCAGGUGGAGGCGUACCUCGGCGUCCCGUACGCGACACCGCCGCUUGGAAGUUUAAGAUACAUGCCGCCCGUGACGCCAUCGCAGUGGCGCACGACGCGCCUGGCCGACGCCGCGGGGCCGGCGUGUCCGCAGGUGCCGCCCGCCGCCACGCCACGUGAGGAGGCUCUGUUGCUGCACCCCCGCGCGCGCAUCCGGCAGCUCGAGCGGUUGCUGCCCGUGCUCGCCAACCAGAGCGAGGACUGCCUUUAUGUCAACCUUUAUGUGCCAGUCAACGGUGUAGAAGGCGAUAGCUCGGGCUCCGGUUUGCCGUGCCUCGUGUUCGUGCACGGAGAGUCGUACGAGUGGAGCUCCGGCAACGCGUACGACGGCACCCCACUCGCGGCGCACGGCGGCAUCAUUGUAGUUACUAUCAACUUUAGGUUAGGUGUACUGGGUUUUCUAAAGACUGGUGCUAAAGGAUCGGCGCAGGGUAAUUUCGGACUAAUGGACCUCGUGGCAGGGCUGCAUUGGUUGCGGGAAAACCUUCCAGCCUUUGGAGGGAAUCCUGAAAAGGUUACCUUGAUGGGGCAUGGCACUGGAGCAGCGCUUGCCAAUUUUCUCGCUGUUUCGCCAGUUGCCAGAGAGUUACUGAGGCGCGUCAUCUUGUUAAGCGGGUCGGGACUCAGCUCUUGGGCGCUGCAAAGAGAACCGCUCACGAUAAAAAGAAAGGUUGCGGAGCAGACAGGGUGUCACGGGGAUUUGCUGGAAGACGACCUGGCACCGUGCCUGCGAAACAAACCCCUUACAGAGCUACUAGCUAUUCGGCUUGAUCCGCCGCGCUUCCUACCCGGAUUUGCCCCAUUUGUCGAUGGCACCGUUAUUGUGAAUCCAUCUUCCGCAGCUCCUCCAUCAGAUAACUCCAGGCUAGGAGCGGGAGCAGCCGCAGUGGCCAGCGCAGCCGGUCACGAGCUAGCUGACUUCCCUCAUAGAGAACUUCUAUUUGGCCUCACUACUACAGAGUCUUACUUGGAAUUCAAUGCUCAAGACUUGGAGUUCGGUUUCAACGAGAGCCGGCGGGACCGUAUUCUGCGCACCUUCGUCCGCAACGCUUACUAUUACCACCUCAAUGAGAUUUACUCCACCCUAAAGAACGAGUACACCGACUGGGACAAACCCGUGCAGAAUCCGCUUAGCGUGCGCGACGCUACGCUCGAGAUAUUAAGCGACGGGCGCACGGCAGCGCCCCUGAUAAGGCUGGGUUAUCUCCACGCGUUGCGCGGUGGUACGACUUACUUCACACACUUCCACCACCUAUCGGUAGAUAAAGACUACCCCCAGCGACCGGGAUCCGUCCAUGGCGAGGACCUGCCCUACUUCCUGGGUGUUCCUCUGGCCCUGUCACAUCAUCAGCAAAACUUCACGCAGCAGGAACAACGGGUUGCCAAGUUAUGCAUGCACUACCUCGCAAACUUCGUCAAAUAUGGCAAUCCAAAUGAUCCGUCUGCUACCCCGCCGCCCAGCCCCGUGAUGGGGGAGCCACCCCCCCUCGCCCCGGACCAGACGCCCUACUGGGACACGUACGACACGAUCAACCAGCUUUAUAUGGAAAUUAGUAGCAAAUCCGAAAUGAGGAGUCACUACCGCGGUCACAAAAUGUCGCUGUGGCUAUCUCUCAUACCGCAGCUUCAUCGCCCCGGGUCUGACUUGCCGGACGCGGCCAUGCGGCAUCAUCACUUCCAGGACGACAAUGCUAAUUAUUACGAGGGUGCAGUAAGAGCUCAGUCACUAUCGCGCGCGCACGUUCCACACGUAGUCAAUAUUGACAUCGGAACGCGCGGCGAAGGGCGAAGCACUUCCCCCCCACGAGCUGCGCCGCCGAAGCCGUCUCCCGCCCCACCAGCGUCAACAGAGUGCCCUCCAAACGCUACCACUACACCGAUGCAGCCCGACGAUGCUCUUCUCCGAAGACUUGCUUCUUCCCACUACCAAUCAUACACAGCAGCCUUGACGGUAACCAUAGCCGUCGGAUGCUUCCUCCUCCUACUCAACGUUCUUAUUUUCGCAGGCAUCUAUCAUCAGAGGGGCUCCCGGCCUCGGCGGUGCAAGGACGAUUUAGCCGAGGCCGGGAGCUCAUCAUCCUCCGACAAUUACGAUGGAAAAUUAGAUUACGACGUGCGUGCGUUCGACGGUAAAGGUUUUGGUUUUGAGUGUAAAUCGGCACACGUGCCUCGCGGUUCAGGUUCCAAAUUUGAUUUACGGACGUUAUCGGACUGUGGGGAGCCCACGUUCGGAGAGUACAGUUGUUAUGACGAGAAACAUCGUGCGGCGCGUAGUUCGCUGCCAGACGUGAGCGUAGGCAGCGCGAUAGAGGCGGGGAGUGUUGUUUGUAUCGAUACCCAGAAGCCAGAUAUACAACGAGUGGACGGAAGGAAUCCUGAUGCUAUAGGAAGGACUAGCACUUUUGAACCGCGUGUGGUAGAUAGUUCUACUCAGGUUAAAUUUGGACCAGGAGACUCGUCUGAUAAUUCAGAAAACAACGGUGACUCUGAAACUGGUGUCGCAGGAGGAUCUGGUAUUUUAAGAGUUCCCCCAGCACCAACAACUCCGGUACCGCCCGGUAUCAUGAAGAAGAGGGUGCAGAUACAAGAGAUAUCCGUAUGAGAUUUAGAAAAAUUGGACACUGCCGAAAUUGUAGUGAACACACGAACAAAGUUGUGAUUUAUAGAGUUUUUCUUGUAAAUAUAAAUUAAACUAAUAAUAUUAUAUUCCCAGCCAAAUGUGUUAAUGAUCGUGUAAAUAAUGUAAACAUAGUGAUGUAAUGUGUGUCUGAUAUGGAACCACUGGUCCAUUGGUUGCAUGCGAAUACGCUGUAAAUAUUAUGUAGGAAUGUAAACACG